UAAGAAGAAGCAGCAGAAGAAGAAGAAAAAAGAAGCAGAAGAAGAAGUCAGCUGACUGACAGCCGAGCGAAACAGCACCUUUCAACACUGCACUGACUGAAUAUCAUCUAUAUUAAUUAUCCGCUAAGUGCGUUUGAAUAGUUCCAGCCAAUUUUAUUAGUCUGUAUUAGGGUUAAGUUUAACAGCAUGAAAGGAUUAUAUUGCCGAACGGGAGAGAGUGAUGCUGAAAUUAAGUUCGUAAUUCAGGAGACGACACUCCCAGCAGUGUUAGACAGUCAUCAGGUCAGAGUUCAAGUGAAGGCCUGUGGACUUAGCCCGCUGGACCUCAAUUUGCUAGGUGAUUUAGGAAUCCAGAGAGCUUUAGUUCCUGUUGGCAGAGAGGUGGCUGGGGUUAUUCUGCAAGUUGGCUCCAAGGUUUCCUUCUUCCACCCAGAUGAUGAGGUUGUAGGCAUUCUGCCCUUGGACUCUUCCUGCUCUGGACUCUGCGAUGUCAUAGACAUAGAUGAACACCAUCUGGUACAGAAGCCAGAGAAGCUGAGCUGGGUGUGUGUGGCGGGAGCAGUACGUGAUGGUGUGUGCGCUUACACAGCGCUACACACACACGCUCGUAUGGCAGCAGGCCAAACACUUCUGGUCCUGGAUGGAGCCAGUUCUUUUGGACUGCUAUGCAUCCAGCUGGCUUCUUACCAUGGAGUCAAGGUCCUGACCACGUCCCACUCUCCACAACAGCACACACUCCUGGAGCAACUAAAGCCCAGCAUAGCCAGAGUUAUUCCAGUGUAUGAUAGCUCAUCAGACCUGCUGUCACUUGUUCUGGAGGAGACCGGUGGACUAGGGGUGGACAUAGUCGUUGACACUGGAGUUCGUCUUUGGGAAGAGGAGGAGCCAGAGGAGAGGACACUCCUUCCACACAAACAUGACAUCAUCAGUGUGUUAGGAGUUGGUGGGCAAUGGGUUACAUCAUGCCAAGACUUGCAGUUAGAUCCCCCAGAUAGCAGACUCCUGUAUUUGAAGUCAGCUUCUGUGUCCUUCCUCAACUCUGAAGUUUGGACAGCUUCUUCGGCCAAGCAAGGACGAUAUCUUCACAUUCUGAAGGACAUUGUGGAAAAGAUGUCAACAGGAAUACUCAGGCCCCAGCCUGAGGAGGCGGUCCCUCUGUAUGAAGCCACAGUAGCCAUGGAUAUGAUCCAGCGUUGCCAAAGGAAGAAGGCUGUUGUUCAGCUGUGACCAUGCCACACAUCUUUCCAGGUUAUUGGACACAAUGCCACAAACCCACUGUCCGUUGGGUUUCAAAACUUCCACACUUGCUCACUGUAAAUGGAUUCCACUGAACUCUUACCUAUAUACAGCAAAUGACUGAACUACACAUACACACCAGUGACUUGUUGUUGGAUCUACGUAUGAUGUGAAAAUACACUUUGGGCUCAUUGGAGAUGAUUUUUGUUUCACUUCAAAAUGAGAAUGCAGCCGGAGCAGGGGUCAAAAAGUAAAACAGGGCAUCCAGGUAGCGUAGCGGUCUAUUCCGUUACCUACCAGCACAGGAUCGCCGGGUCGAAUCCCCAUGUUACCUCCGGCUUGGUAGGGCGUCCCUACAGACACAAUUGGCCGUGUCUGUGGGUGGGAAGUCAGAUGUGGGUAUUUGUCCUGGUCGCUGCACUAGCGCCUCCUCUGGUCAGUCGGGGCGCCCCCCCCGGAUCGGCAGAGGGGGGGUAGAGCAGCGACCGGGACAGCUCAAAAAGAGCGGGGUAAUUGGCCAAGGCCGCCAGUCCAUCACAGGGCUGUAAUUAUAAUAACAAUAAUAAUUAUUAUUAUGAUUUGUUACUUUUUAAAAAGAUGAUUAUUAAGGCCCAGACCCAGGGGAUUUUUUUCAUUAGGGCUUCAAUGAGUCAAGUGAAUAUAAUUUUAUAAGUCAACAAACCUUGAGAAAACCUUGAGAAGCCUGAAGUUUUUUGGAACAAUGUGCUUUGGACUGACCAAACCAAAAUGGAACUUUUUGGUCACAACCAAAGAAGGUAUGUUUGUAGAAAAAAAAGGGUGAAGCAUUUGUGCAGAACAACACCUUGCCAACUGUUAAGCAUGGAUCUCGGCAGGCAUUCAUCUCCCCGCCUGCUGCCCAAUGACUGCUGGGAUAGGCUCCAGCAUCCCUUCAACCCUGAGUAAACAUAGGCAAACAGUAGCAUGGUGGCACAGUGGUUAGCACUGUCACCUCACAGCAAGAAGGUCCUGGGUUUGAACCCAAGGCUGUCGCAGGUCCUUUCUGUGUGGAGUUUGCAUGUUCUCCCCGUGUCUGCGUGGCUUUCCUCUGAGUGUUCUGGUUUUCUCCCACCAUCAAAAAGACAUGCAUGUCAAUAGAGUUGCUGAAGAAAAGGAGUGAUAUGAUCUAUGGAAGGAGUUGUGGUACUGAUACGGGCAGUUGAAUUCUGGACCAACUGAAGUUUAUGAAGACACUUGAGGCGAAGACCAAAGAGGAUAGAAUUGCAGUACUCAAUACGGGAUGUAACCAGGGUGUGAAUGAGUAUGGCGGUGCUGUUAGGUGUAAGUGAUGGGUGAAGACGAUU